AACGCCGUGUGAAGCAUGUGACGUGCAACCUCCCUCGCAACAGAGGGAAAAAGAAAGGAAAAGAAGGCUCGGCUCCUUCCGUUAGCUUUCCUUGACGCCACACGUCACUCACGAGACGGCGACCGAGGCGUAGCGAGGCGAGCCGCCCACCAACCGGGUCAAAAAAACACCACAGGCGCGCCGGGGCCGAUCAGAUCCCGCACACGCGACGCGAGGGCUCGCGGCUAGCCCACACCGGCGCCCCGCGCCUAGAUCCCGAUCCGCCCAAAUUCCAUUCCCGAUACCUCGCCCUCGCCUCCGCCUCCGCCAUGGCGGACUGCCGCAGCCUCAUCGAGUUCCUCCGCGCCUUCGAGCACCGCCGCCGCGCCUCCGCGGCGGCCGGCGGCUCCCCCUCGCCGUGCGCCCGCCCCCGCCGCGCGGCCUCUUCCUCGUCCUCAUCGCCGUCGUCGCGGGGAAAGCUAUUCACCUCGCUCUGCGACAACCCGCCCCCGACCGCCGCCCUGGACGCGCUCGCCCUCCUGGCCGUGCUCGGCGCGCUGGCCUUCCUGGCCGCGCCCUACGCCAGGCUGCUGGCCCGCGAGGCUGCGGACCUGGUGCGGCAGUACCCGGAGGAGCCCUACUCGUACGUGGCCUUCGCGGCCGGCGCCGGCGCCGCGGUCGCCGCCGUGGCGGGGCUGCUCGCGUGGGAGGCGGCGGGCAACCACGCGCGCAAGUGCGGCCGGCCCCGCUGCCGCGGCCUGCGCAAGGCCGUCGAGUUCGACAUCCAGCUCGAGACGGAGGAGUGCGUGCGCGGGAGCGGCAGGCUGCUGCCGCCCGGCGGCCACGCCAAGACACUCCUCGCGGCCGGCGGCUCCGCCGCGCGCCUCGUCGAGCUCGGCGAGGAGCACCGGGAGCUCGAGGCGGAGCUCAGGAAGAUGGCGCCCCCCAACGGCCGCUCCGUGCUCAUCUUCCGCUCCCCCUGCGGCUGCGCCAAGGGCAGGAUGGAGGUCUGGGGCGCCAAGAAGGUGCGCCGGAUCAAGAAGUAGUAGUGGUAGCAGCUAUGAGUGGAUGACAGACACCAGCGCUCACUGCUCUCCAUAAUAAACUAGUUUUCUAGUUAUUGCAUACUCUAUAAUACAGUGCUCUUGCUCUUGUGGCAAGUAUAGUUGAGAAUAAGGAGAGGAACAAAGGAAUAGAUACAUGUCUUCUUAUAUCACUUGUGAUGCACAUCACACCCCAAGAUUAUACAUAGCUUUGCUCUUUCAUUUCCAGUUUUUAAUUAAAUAUGCAAUAA